UCUCUCUACAGAGACCUCUACUGCAGAGAACCACACAUGGCUCCUACAAUCACCUCAGCAAUGACUUCUCCUCAGAAUCACCAAACUUUAACACACAAGAUCAGAAAACCGCUGGUGGAAAAGCUACGCAGAGAGCGAAUCAACAGCAGCAUUGAGCAGCUCAAGUCUCUGCUGGGUCCAGAGUUCCUCAAACAAGAACCUGACUCCAAGAUGGAGAAAGCAGACAUUCUGGAGAUAACCGUUGAAUUUGUGAGACAACAGCAGCUUUCUCGCCAUGAAAACUCAGCCUCAUCAGCGGCCAAUCGGGGUCACUCCAGGUGUGUCCAGGAGAUGGCCCAUUACCUGUCGAAAGAUGAGGUGAAGACACUUUCCAACAGAAGAAUGUUGGAUCACUUCCAGAGCCUUGAUUCAUCCUCUGAAACAAGACUAAGUGGGGCUGGUGCACUUCAGCUGAGCUCUCCGCUCAAGCCCAGCAUCUCCGAAGAGAAGAGUUCAGUGAACCGCGGCAUGUGGAGGCCCUGGUAGAAACCUACGGACUGGAGAUACUAGCAAUUACAAUGUUGACCAUGUUGGUCUCAAGUGGUUGUUGAGUCAUCAACUAAGAUGUAGUUGCAUUGUAAAAUGCUUUUUUUUUUUGCGCUAUUUCAAGGGAAUAAGUUCAAGAACGAAUUGUUAUCUUAUGAUAAGUAAGCGAUGUGUCGGAAUUUGGUUGAAUCGCAACCUCUGGCGACCCCUGGCGUCUUUGUUUGGAUUGGUUAGAUAUUGAGGUUAGUUAACUGACUAAACGUGUUCUAUGAACGCAGCAAUGGCCCCUAUGUAGGCCAUAACAGCAGACUUAAUGUUAUGUUCAGCUUUUAAUAUUUGAAAGACAAUUGCGAUAUUCGCAUGUAUGAAGGCCUACUUCGAGUCCUCCGUGGGGAUCCAUUCAGCCCUUAUUGGGUUUCUACAUAUUUUAAAUCAACAUGUUUUAAUGUUCAAUGUUUCAAAGGGCAUGCUGUACACGCACGCUUGAUUUAACUAAGCGCUGCGCUGUAUAGGUCUACAUUAUAUUCCUGAAUUUACAAUGAUUUGUCUUCUGCGAAGAUCAUUUCCUUUAACUCUUUAUGAGUUAAGCCUACAAUGUUUGUUGGCGUGAUUCUUGUGUUGUUGUGAUGCAUCAUCACCUUUGCAGCCGUUAUACAUCAGUUAAUGAUGUGAAUAAAAUAACAUGUACCGAUUCCUGUGUUUGCCGUUUUAUUAGGCCUACUACGUGCUUUCUUCAUUCCCUAAUUUAUAUAUUAUUCUCCUGCGAUCUUUUCUCGUGUAUUCCACUCCGUAGACCCUGAACCGUCUCUUCCCGUGUCCUACAUUUUCUUAUUUGGAAAAAAAACAACUCAAAACAAAACUAUUUUUUUGGGUAUAAU